AUGGGUUUUAUCAAACAGGCGUAUUUGGAGCAGCUGCUGCAGAGAGAGAAUCAGUGGGAGAAGAUGGAGCUGAAGGACCCGCGUACAGCAGAGGAGAAAGUUCAUCAGAACGAUCUACUGCAGCUUGUACUGUCCCUGCCUGAUGCUGUAGACCCUCCAGUUGCAAUGGAGAUAAGGCCUCUGUCAGCUGAUGUGGCGUCUCUCUAUACUCAAGCAGUGCGAGCAGCUCAACAUCCCCACGAGCUACAGGAAAAGAGAGAAGAGAAAGUUACCAAGUGUGUCAAUAAAAAGAAGCAAAAGUCACUGUGGGAAAACAGGAUUAACCAGCACAGGCAAGAACUCCAGGAGCAGAGAAGACACAGAAACGCACUCAGACACCAUAUCGUUACUCCAUACUUUCACCCUGAGCUGAAGGAAAUGUCACUCUUUACAGAUGAGGAUCUAGACUUGAGCUCACUCUCCCUGGAUCUUCCACCCUUCCCCAGAGCGCAGCGCUUCUCCACGGACUCUUCAUCAGGCAGAAGUAGUUCCUGUGAGGUUUAA